AUGCUCAACGACGAGCAAGAGACACCGGCUCCAGAGCAACAGGCACCAAUGCGGGUGGACACGCUGGACCAAGGGAAAGUUAAGCUCCCAGAUUUCGUUGAGGAACAUACCGACCUAUGGUUCUGGCAAGUCGAGGCGGUGUCCGACAGAAAACGAUACUAUACCAUAAUUGGACAACUGCCUACGCGCGUUAUGUACAAACUAGCUGAUUUCCGUACCAAUCCACCAGCACGCAACGAAAUGUACGAAAACCUAAAGGCUCGAAUCAUCAACGAAUUUGCCGAUAGCACACAGACCAAACUAACAAAACUCCUCAGCGACUUAUCACUCGGUGACCGCAAACCGUCACAGUUGUUAGCCGAAAUGCGGACAAGGGCCGCAGCUACACCGGUUACAGACGAGCUCCUAAAGCAGUUAUGGCUCCGGAAUCUGCCUGAACAAAUACGCGCAAUUCUAUCCGCAGACGAGCACAUAACAUUGGUCAACGCAGCAACGAUGGCCGAUCGUAUCAUGGAGGCUACUAAAGACAGUAACUCAUUCAUACACGCCGUUCAACAAAGCUCUCAGCAGACAGUAAACAAACACCCACAGCAAAGCGCCGGCAAUGAACCUGCAAGUCAAGCAAUCCUAGAAAUGCAACGCCAGAUCAAUGCGCUCUCACGGGAUCUCCGAGACAUCAAAUGGCCACGCCGCGACAACCAACGAAGACCAACACCUACACGAUCGGGUUCACGAAGUCGCGAACACCACGACACAUGCUGGUAUCACUACAAAUACGGGACGAGCGCUCAAUUUAAGGAACUAUUCGCACCGUCACCUAAUAAACGCAUUGCCAAAACUGCAACGUUCCACCACAUCGUCACGAGCGGUCCACCAGUGAACGCAAAACCACGUCGCCUCACACCCGAAAAACUAAAAGCCGCCAAAGCGGAAUUCGAAUAA